AUGUACGCAGUAGGAGAAAGACGGGUUGCCUACACGCCCGUUUCCCCAAAAUCGGAGCAAUUCAGGAGCUCUAAUUGGAAAUUUGGUCCCUGGGUGUGCUCCGCUGGUCCAAUUCUUAUGGCUGUAAAACGUGCUCUGAAAUGCUUCAAACCAAAUCGGUGUAUGCUAUGCGGAGCCGGCGGCGGGGAGAUGGCGUCAAUUGAGGAGGAUGACGGGCUCGGGGAAGGCUUGGAUGGUAGCGUUCCAGAAUUAGGUCCCUCGGGAUGCGAUUUGGAUAUUGCAGGAAGAGGUCGUGGUCGUGGUCGUGGUCGUGGUCGUGGUCGCGAAGGAGGCGGAGGAGCAGGCGGAGGAGGGCGUGUGUGUGUUGAGGGUUGGGAUGACGGACAGAAGACAGCAGCGGUCGAGCGGUACAACGGAAGUGUGAAUUAA